AUGGCGUCUCCACAGCAAAUCCGCACCAAGCUCACUGACCUGCUGAAGAUUCAGCACCCCGUUAUGCUCGCUGGCAUGAACGUGGCUGCUGGACCCAAGCUUGCCGCUGCGGUUACGAAUGCUGGUGGUCUCGGUGUCAUUGGUGGUGUUGGGUACACACCUGACAUGCUCCGAGAGCAGAUUGCUGAACUCAAGGGUUACCUGAAUGACCAGAAUGCGCCCUUUGGCAUCGAUUUGUUGCUUCCUCAGGUUGGAGGCAGCGCGCGCAAGACCAACUACGACUACACCAAAGGAAAACUCGACGAGCUCGUUGACAUCAUCAUCGAUUCCGGCGCCAAACUCUUCGUCUCGGCUGUUGGCGUACCCCCCAAGCAUGUUGUCGAGAAGCUACACAAGGCCGGUAUCUUGUACAUGAACAUGAUCGGACACCCCAAGCACAUCAAGAAGUGCCUCGACAUUGGCGUUGAUCUCAUCUGUGCACAGGGAGGAGAGGGUGGAGGACAUACUGGAGAUGUUCCCACAUCCGUCUUCAUCCCAGCCGCAGUUAAGAUGGUAAAGGGCCACAAAUCACCCUUGACUGGCGAGGAUGUACAGAUUAUCGCCGCCGGCGGUAUCUUCAGCGGCGAGUCGCUCGCUGCUAUGCUCACAUUUGGUGCUACGGGUGUGUGGGUAGGAACACGCUUCAUCCUAUCAGAAGAGGCCGGCGCUCCCAAAGCACACCAAGAAGCUGUUCGAACAGCUGGCUGGGACGACAAUGUUCGCACCAUCAUCUUCACUGGUCGCCCACUCCGUAUUCGCAACAACCCAUACGUCGCGAACUGGGAAGAAAACAGACAAGCCGAGAUCAAGGAGCUUACAAGCAAGGGUAUACUCCCCGUCGAGCAUGAUCUCGAGAAGAUGGGAGAUGAUCUCGACGACGAGACCAUGGAUAACGCCCGCCCGUUCUUGAUGGGCAAGGUGGCUGCCGUUGUUAACGAGAGGAAGAGCGCGCGCGAGAUUGUUGAUGAACUUGUCACAGAUGCUGUCAAAUCGUUGCAGAAUUGCAACACAAUGAUUGUUUCAAAGGCCAAGCUAUAA